UGUCCUCGAAGCGGACCAUGUCCUUCAGCGCGUCGCUCAAGUGUCCCCCCGUGCAAGUUCCGCGAGUGCGCGCUCCCGGUGCAAAGUGUUAGAGGCGCGCUGCUCCUCCAGGGGUGUCUAACUGAGACUGCUGCCAGGUGUUGGGGACAGAUGAAGACAAUAUGGGGGAUGCUUGCUCUCAGAAAGCGGGAUCAGCCAAGUACCUCCGGCUCCUCCUGUUCAUCCUCAUCCCCUGUUUGUGCGCCCUCGUCUGUGUGCUCGUCAUCUUCCUCACUUUCCUAGGUAUAAUUGGAAAUGGAUUAUUGGAAUCUGGUGAUUCCAACCGGUUGUCUGCCAGCAAAAGUGUCCCCACCGCAGACAUCUCUGUGAUGACUGUCAGCACAGACCUGCCUGGGAUGGCCGCGGGGUCAAAGCCGAGCACGCAGUCGGUGUUGCGGAGCGCCGGCCACAACAGAAGCAGCCGGGGCAUGGGCCACUGGAUGCCCCGCUCCAGCAACUCCUCCGCCUCUUCCUCCUCAUGGCCCCCAACCAUAACCAGCACCCCCGAGGAAGCUACCAUCACCAGCACGCCCCAGUGGGUGACCUCGCUUUCCACUCUGAGCCCCCUGGUCCUAGUCACCACCCAGGAGACAGUGGGUUUCAGCCCUGACCAAGACGCAUGUUCGGACAUCAGCGAGAGUCUUUGUCACAUGCUGCCCUACAACCAGAGCAGCGUGUCGUCCCGGCGCGCCAUUGUCAAGAGCACGGAGGUGGAGAUGUUCCUCAAGUUCUUCAGCUACCUGAACCGCCUGAGCUGUUACCGCCACAUAAUGCUCUUCGGGUGCAGCUUGGCACUUCCGGAAUGCGUCACGGAGGGCGAUGACAAGCGGCUGAUCUUCCCCUGUAUGUCGUUCUGUGAGGCGGCCCAGGAAGGUUGUGAGCCUGUCCUGCAGAUGUUCAAUGCCUCCUGGCCCGACUUCCUUCGCUGCUCGCAGUUCUCCAACCGCUCGGCAUCGAGCAACAGCAGCACCGCCUGCUACAGCCCUCGGCAGGUCAAGGGGAAGCCCUCUCUGUGCGGUGGCCGAGACAACUUCCUAUGCCCCACCGGUAUUUGCAUUCCUCGGAAACUGGUGUGUAAUGGCUACAAUGAUUGCGAUGACUGGAGCGAUGAGGCAGAUUGCCGCUGUGGCGGUGACCAGUUCCAGUGUGGGACGGGCCGCUGCCUGAGCCCCGGCCUCGUAUGCGACGGCUAUGACGACUGCGGGGACCUGAGCGAUGAACAGCACUGUGUUUGCGAUCCGGACAAGGAACACAGGUGCGGGGAUGGACGGUGCAUCACAAAGGACUGGCUGUGUGAUGGGGACCACGAUUGCAUCGACAAGAGCGAUGAAGUAAACUGCUCCUGCAAGAGUCAGGGGCUGCUGGAGUGCCACAGUGGCCAGUGCGUGCCCAGUGCCUUCCGCUGUGACGGGGAUGAGGACUGCAAGGAUGGGAGUGAUGAGAAGAACUGUACCCACCUGCAGAGUGAGGUCAUGUGUACUCCUGGACACCCAAGUUGCAUGUCCAAUGAGUGUGCCCAAGGGUGUCAUGGGAACGGUGCUUGCGAUGGCCGCAACAGCAGCUCCAACUGCAGUCACUGUGAGCCAAUCACCCUAGAGCUAUGUAUGAAUCUCCCAUACAACACCACGCACUUCCCCAACUACUUGGGCCACCAGAGCCAGAAAGAGGCCUCAAUCAGCUGGGAGUCCUCCCUGUUCCCUGCUCUCGUGCAGACCAACUGCUACAAGUAUCUCAUGUUCUUCGCCUGCACUGUCCUGGUGCCCAAGUGUGACCCGGAGAGCCAGUGGAAAGUGCCCCCCUGCAGGUCACUGUGCAGGAAUGCAAAAGAACGCUGUGAGUUUGUGCUGGGCAUCGUGGGACUGCAGUGGCCAGAGGACACUGACUGCACCCAGUUUCCAGAGGAGGGCCAGGAGAACAGCACAUGCCUGCUGCCCGACCCCGACGUAGAUGAGUGCUCACCGAGUCACUUCAAGUGCCAGUCUGGCCGCUGCGUCCUUUCCUCCAAGAGGUGCGAUGGACACACGGACUGCGAUGAUGACAGCGAUGAAGACAACUGUGGCUGUAAGGAAAGAGGAUUGUGGGAAUGCCCGAGCAACAAAGCCUGCAUCCAGCACUCAAUGAUCUGCGAUGGGUUCCCAGACUGUGCCGACCUGGCCGAUGAGAGGAACUGCUCCGUGUGCAGCGACAACGAGUUGCCGUGCAACAACCACGAGUGUGUGCAUCGCACUCUGUGGUGCGAUGGGAAGAAGCACUGCUCAGACAGUUCUGAUGAGUGGGACUGCGUCUCUCUGUCCAACACGUCCUUGUCCCUUCUGAUGGUCCACAAGACAGCAUCGGAAUACCAAGUCUGCGCCGACAACUGGCACCCGCAGCUCAGCCGCCUGGCGUGCAAGCAGAUGGGUUUAGGGGUUCCGACUGCCGUCGCAAUGGUACCGGAACAACCCGAGCAGCCAGGCCGUAGACGCUGGCUGCACGUUCACCCGGACUGGACCCAGAGGAAUGGCUCUGCUCUGCAGGCCAUGCUGGAGAAGAGAGGACAUUCCUGCCAUUCCCGAAGAAGAAUAUCACUGCACUGUACCAAAGAAGACUGCGGGAGGCGACCGGCCGCCCGCAUGUCCAAACGCAUCCUAGGUGGACGGACGAGUCGCCCCGGGCGCUGGCCCUGGCAGUGCUCGCUGCAAAGCGACCCCAGCGGGCACAUCUGCGGCUGCGUGAUCAUUGGCCGGAAGUGGGCGCUCACGGUGGCGCACUGCUUCGAGGGUCGAGAGAAUGCAGAUGUAUGGAAGGUCGUCCUGGGCAUCAACAACCUGGACCACCCGUCCCCCUUCAUGCAGACGCGGAAGGUGAAGAGCAUCAUCGUCCAUCCGCGGUACAACCGGGCCGUGGUGGACUACGACAUUAGUGUGGUGGAGCUGGAUGAGGAAGUGGAGGAAACCAGUUACGUACGACCUGUCUGCCUACCCCACCGGGACCAGCUUCCCCAACCGGACACCUACUGCUACAUCACUGGCUGGGGCCACAUGGGCAACAGGAUGCCUUUCAAGCUCCAAGAAGGCGAGGUGCGGAUCAUCUCCCUAAACCAGUGCCAGUCUUAUUUCGAUAUGAAGACUAUCACGUCCCGCAUGCUGUGUGCUGGGUACGACUCUGGAACCGUGGACUCCUGCAUGGGAGACAGCGGGGGACCGCUGGUGUGCCAGGAGACGGACGGCCGCUGGAGUCUCUACGGUCUCACUUCCUGGGGGUCCGUCUGCUUCUCCAAAGUGCUCGGACCGGGAGUCUACAGCAACGUGAGCCACUUCGUCGAGUGGAUCGAGAGGCAGAUCUAUCUGCGCACCUUCGUCAUUGCCUAACCACACCGCCCCCCCCGCUGGCCACGUUUGUAAAAGCGCUUUCAGCAGGUAGUUACAGAGAGGAAACCCGGGAGGCUCUCUCACAUGUCCCACGAAGGACUAAAUGGGGGGGGGGUGGGGUCGAUCGGCAGGAGUCGGACGCCGUGCGCAGACCGUGACUGACCGACUGUGUUCGCUUGCGCGACGGGGAUCCAGGACUUCUCUGUAGCAUCACUGUGCUUCUCGACCAUUCCAGGCCCGCGUGCCCACAUGUUCCUGACUGUGAAUGUGACCGUCGAUCUUUGUCCGGGUGCUUCGGUGGCAGGGCCGGCCUUAGGCCCAUUGAACCCAUUUAAACCGAUGGGGCCCUGUGUCCACAGGGGGCCCGACGCUAGGGUCGUAACCUCCGGCUGUGAAAAGUCGUUAUUUUAUUUAUUCGCUUCUAUUAGUAAUCGCACCGCACGUACAUUUGGCAAUACCACUCACAUUGGCAUUGGGGGAAAAGGGGAAAGAAGCUUUUCCAAAUUCAACUAGAUUGACUCGUAUCUGAGGUCAAACCUCCUCCAAGGUAGACUCGACAGCCUUGCGAUAUUAUUCGUAAAAUGUGACGAAACAAAGAAAUUAAACUUUGACAGCAUUUUGGAAGAGUUUUCAGAACGAAACAGGAAAUUUCUUAACGAGUAUGGUUUUGACGUGUUUUAUAACAUUAUUAUUUAUAAUAUUGUAUGAUCAUUGUUAAUUUACUCAGUGAAGCCAAUGAAUAUAGAUAGUGUUUUCAAUGCAGAGUAAUGGCAUUUAUUCCUAAUACCUAGUUAGAAAUAAAGGGAAGUCCAGAGUGGGUCCCCCAGUUGCUAAGGCCGGUCCUGUGUAGUUAUCGCUGUUUCCGUCGGCGACUGUACCCUGUUCCGUCGAACACGUGGUGUCCUACACUUGUUGUACGCGCCUUUGAGGAGUGGAUCAGUGGCCACAUAGUCACACAUGUUCACGUUUCUGCCAUAUUUCUCGAAAUUGAAAAUUUGAAGGGGUUAAAAAAAAUCAGGAAGCACAAAAAAGCUUUUUUUUUUUUUUCUGGUCUCUGUGUUGUAUUUAACACACACCAUAAAAAGUUAACCAGUAUGUCACCAAGCCAAAAAACGACUGUUCAGAUGUACAUUGUAUUAGUUACGAAUCCGUCAUUUCCAGACAAGGUGUUUAUUACGUCAUCCUAGCGGGAGCGUUCGCAUCGCUACGUAUCUAUAAGCAAACGGGUGCAGUUUUUAUGUUCACGUAUACUAUGUAGAAUUUGCUGAAAUCACUGCCACAAAGUUGAGAUUUCUGCGCUUAGUACCUCUGCAGACUGUAUGUGUGUCCCACAAUAAGCAGAGAUCUAUUUGAAAUUGCCACAGUAUCCAGUGAGUUUUUAAAUAUCAGCGUUUCAAUGCUGCACUCUUUCGAACGCCUGCACACAUAGCAAAGCAGCGCUGGUGGUGGUUCUAGUGGCCAUGGUCAUCCCUGGGAUUGUGUUCUGCUCAAAUGUGACCCGUUUACAGCUUUGUUCAGCUUUAAAUAUGGUUUCGGUGUCAUCUGAUGGCUAUAAGGCUUCGUGACAUCCUCCGGACUGGUGAACUGAGCCGAUACAGGUAAUGACCGACAGCUUCUCGCUCAGAAUUUUUACACCUUUUAAUCACGUUUUCUACAUCGGUGGUGUGUGUUGUCAGAUGUGGUUAGAGGGAAUGAAUGGGUGAGACUGUAAUAAAGAGCAAAGAGUUUUGAGACACGCACACGCACAGAUGGGUAUGAUUUCAGUUAAAGGAGGUCCAUAGACCCUUUUAAACUGAAAGAUGCGUGACAUUUGCGAUAAUGACUAUGGCUGACGUUCAUGAAAAGGUGCAGUAUUAGGUGGUCAUCUAUGUUUUAUUAUUACUUCAUAAACGGUUAUAAUGGGCCGUCCAAUUUAGGAUGGGAUCAGGAAAAAAGAAAGCAAUCUUGAACACAACCCAAGGGCAAGCGCUUCACGGACAAAGGUAUAACAUAUGUGACAUGUCACUCUUAUGCACACAACUGACUGUUAUAAUGCUGAUUAUUAGAGGACAGUAGCUGCUGGCUGCACCGAGCCCCAGCGAUGCUGAAAGAUGAGCUCCUAUCGAGCAGUGCACUGAUAGCACGCGUGCGUUGUCGUUACUGCCAGCUUAUUGAACAAUUAUACUUACACACGGGCAAAACGUUUAUAAAGUUUCUACACACCUUUACAUUAAAGCUCUGAAAUAAAAAUAAUGAUAUUAUUAUUAUUAUUAUUAUUGUUGUUGUUUGUCAUUUUUAUUUUCUUGUUAUUUUUUUCUCCCAAAUUCUUGCAGAACAACACAGGUUUUAUUCAUACCAAAUAAUUUCAUUUCAGUUUGUGUCCCUUCGUGUUACGCGUCCAAGGCGAGCGAAACACAAGUGCGUCGUCUUCGUGCCGUUAUUCCUCCGCACACCUGUUCGGUGUCCAGAACGUGGUCCGGCCUCACGUUUUAUCACAACCGCUUUGGUCGCACCCGUCAGGCGUGUUUCACCGGGGUGUAAACAGUGACGCUUGUGGAAGGUAACGGAGUAAAUCGUGGUACUAACCGGCUGUACGAGACUGUUGAGUAUCAAUCACAGCACAGCUCAUCGUUUGCUUGGAGUGUGUGCGCCAUGCGUCGCUCGCAAUUUCAUCAACUUCGCACCCCCUUUGCAGUAUUGUUACUCUGAACUUAUGGUAAAAAAUUCACUUUUUUUCUUGAGCUGCCUUUUGUUUCAGAGUCGCUCACUUGCGUGGAAACUACUUAAAAUGCCACACUUGCCGCAAUGCUUCGUGUCGAGGACAACCGGGUGACUUAUGCCAAAGUCGAAACGAAACUUUUCUUUUUGUGUGUGUAUGUAUUCGUGCGGCGAAUAGUUCCCUCGAAAGGAGGAAGAAGCGUUGAUGUCGUCGGUCUGUUUGUGUGUUCCUGUUCACGUGUAAAAGUGUGCGUGUGGUUAUAUGCGUUUGUGUCUCUUCAUAAGUCUAUAUUUAUGCAUAGAUUUAUGCUUAAACAUUUCAGUGUAACAUUCCAUUAAAAUACUAUUGUUUGUAAUUUUCUAAAGUAUUUUUAUACUGCUUUUGUAAGUGUGCUCAUGAACUGUUUUUUGGUCCCAAACAUGACUUUGGUACUUUUUAUGGUACUUUGGUAUCAUUUCAAUUGUAAAUACCGAUAGUAAUAUUAGAACUGGAAAUGUGCGUAUAUGGAGAAUAUACCAGACCUGAUUUCUAUCAGAACAAUAAACUUUGUGACCACAAACUGCUUUAGAACCUUUAUUG